UCUCCCAUCAGCCAAACUGCAAGAACCGCCAUGGAUGAUGAUACAAGUUCUGUCGACGAAUCUUGUUACUUAUCUGUCGACGGAUCAAUGGAAGAAGAGGUUGUUAAUCCAAAUAGUCUUACUUGUGAGAUUUGUAUAGAACCCAUGAGAAAGAACAACAAAUUCAACAACGCAGAGAGGUGUUCUCAUCCAUUCUGCUUAGAUUGUAUUGGUAAAUACAUAGAAGCCAAGAUGGAAGAGAAUACAGCAGAUGUAUCAUGCCCAGCCACAAACUGUGACAAGCUCUUGGAUCCCCUCUCAUGCCGCUCGAUCCUCUCAGCCGGAUUGUUCGAAAAAUGGUGUGAUGUGCUGUGUGAGUUUUCUGUUCUAAAGUUGCGUGAUCAGAGUUUGUAUACAUACUGCCCGGUCACCGAGUGUUCGACGUUAGUCCUGAAUGAGUGUGAGGCAGACAGUAAUACAAGAACAGAAUGCCCAAACUGCAAGAAACUCUUCUGUUUCCAGUGCAAGAUCCCAUGGCAUGUGGGUUUCGGGUGUAAUGAGACAGAGCAGUUGAGAGAUGAAAAUGAUAUUCUAUUUGGUGAGCUUGUUGAAAGGAACAAGUGGAUGAAAUGUCCAGGCUGCAAUUUCCGUGUGGAGAAAAUUGAGGGUUGCCCAAACAUAACCUGCAGAUGUGGGGUCCUCUUCUGCUAUGCGUGUGGAAAAAUCAAGAGUGGUUGUGUUUGUAACAGAAGAAACGUGCCUCCUAGGAGGGUUGGAACUUAUGUUGAUAAUGGCAGAGCCGGAGGCGGAGAUGGUUGUAUGGCUUCUUGCAUCUGCAAUUUCAUAUUUAAUUUAUUGAUUAAUGCACUUUUCAUAGGAUUAAUAGUUGGAUUGGAUAAGAUUAAAGGAAGCAAAGCAGCUGCCAUCAUUUCCACAAUAUUUCUGUAUAUUUACUAUCUAUUUGUAUUCCCCUGCACUGUGUAUAGUAUGGGCAAAAGUUGUUGUUGUCCCAGGAGAAGAUAA